CCCGACCGACCACCACAGGUCCCGCUGGAGUCCGGUGACGUCACCUCACAGACUCCGCCCUGCCGUGCUUCCUCCGCCGCGGACGCGUCUUCUUCCUCCUCCUCCCUCCUAUCCAUUGCUGCUGCUUCCGCCGCCGUUGUGAAAAAAAAGAGGAAGAAGCGACAUUAACCUGAAAGAAAAAAUAAUCCGAGCCCAAUGCCGCGGGGUCGACCCCCGAAACCACGGGCUGGGGACGGAUCGCAGUCAGAUGGAGUUUUAACAACAAAUGCUGACAAUAACAGUUUCUCCUCUCAUGGAUCAUCCUACAAGUGUGACAUCUGCUUGUUCUCCUUCCCUAAAGAGACACAGUACCAGAAACACAUGCGGGAUCAUGAGAAGAAUGAUAAGCCUCAUCGUUGUAAUCAGUGCCCAAUGUCUUUUAAUAUUGAAUUUAACCUUACACUGCAUAAGGCUACACACAAUGUGGAUGAGCCAGCGUGUCCAGCAUGUAACAAAAAGUUCUCUCGAGUGGCCAGUCUCAAAGCUCAUAUUAUGCUGCAUGAAAAAGAAGAGACCCUCAUCUGUUCAGAGUGCGGAGAUGAAUUCACAUUACAAAGCCAUCUGUCUCUGCACAUGGAGGAACAUCGACAAGAGGUGACAGGAAACAAAACCUACAGCUGCAAGUCAUGCAAAAAGACUUUUGAGUCUGCACCACAGCUUAAAGACCAUAUGAAAACACAUUUCAAAAUAAGAGUGUCAAGCACCAGAUCUUACAACAGGAACAUAGACAGAAGUGGAUUUUCCUACUCCUGUCCACACUGUGGUAAAACAUUUCAGAAGCCAAGUCAGUUAACUCGCCAUAUUAGGAUUCACACAGGUGAAAGACCCUUCAAAUGUAAUCUCUGUGGAAAAGCUUUUAACCAAAAGGGAGCACUGGCCACGCACAUGGUGAAGCACACAGGUGAAAAGCCUCAUACCUGUGCUUUUUGUCCAGCCGCCUUUUCUCAAAAAGGCAAUCUGCAGUCACACAUACAACGGGUUCAUUCAGAGGUGAAGAAUGGUGUUACAUAUAAUUGCACAGACUGUAGCUGUGUUUUUAAAAGCCUUGGCAGUCUCAAUACCCACAUCAGCAAGAUGCAUGUACUGGGAUCGCAGACUACACCAACCUCAACAGAAGCACCAAACCAUGUAAACAUGACAGUAGUUUUUCGCUCUGUGCCAGCUCAGACAGACACAGCAAAUUCCUCAGUUGCGCAACAAGGACAACAGCCAGCUGUGACAGAUGUUAUCCAGCAGCUUCUAGAGCUUUCUGAACCUGUGCCUAUAGAAAACCCUCAGACUCAGCAGGCAGGGCAGCCACUGAAUAUUGCUGUGGGCAUUAACAGAGACAUUUUACAGCAAGCUCUAGAAAACAGUGGAUUGUCAUCGAUUCCAGUUGCUCCUCUUCCCAGUGACACAAGUCAAGCCAAGACAGCCGAUCAAGAGAUUGAAUGUCUUUCAAGCCAGCAAAUGGACUGUAAUGACCAGGAGCCUGGGGUGGAUCAAGAAGAUCAGGAUAAGACAGAGAAGUCUGAAAAAAGGAUAUUUAAAAAGAAAUCUACAUUCACACCAGGAUCAGUCAGAGAAGAGAGUGGGGUCCGAUGGCAUGUGUGUACGUACUGCUCAAAGGAGUUUAAGAAGCCCAGUGACUUGGUGCGGCACAUCCGCAUUCACACACAUGAGAAGCCAUUUAAAUGUCUGCAGUGCUUCCGGGCCUUUGCUGUCAAAAGCACCCUGACUGCUCACAUCAAGACACACACGGGCAUUAAAGCUUUUAAGUGUGACUUCUGCAUGAAAUGCUUUUCUACCUCCGGAAGUUUAAAGGUUCAUAUACGCCUACACACUGGUGUUAGACCUUUUGCUUGUCCACAUUGUGAAAAAAAAUUCCGUACUUCAGGACACAGAAAAACUCACAUAGCCUCACAUUUUAAACAGUGUGAGCUACGGAAGUUACGCCAACAGCGCAAGCCUGGCAAAAUACGUACUGGAAAGAAUAAUGUCUCGAUGGCAGAAAUCCCAUUGCAGGAGCCUAUACUCAUCACAGAUUUGGGUCUUAUCCAACCCAUCCCUCGGAACAGUCAGUUUUUUCAAAGCUAUUUUAUUAAUAGUUACACACAUGAAGUUGAUCGACCAUACAAGUGUUACUACUGUCAACGUGCCUAUAAGAAAUCCUGCCACCUAAAACAGCACAUCAGGUCUCAUACUGGUGAAAAGCCCUUUAAGUGUACUCAGUGUGGAAGAGGCUUUGCAUCAUCUGGAGUCUUAAAAGCACACGUUAGAACUCAUACUGGAUUGAGGUCCCAUAAGUGCCCUAUAUGUAAUGGAGCUUUUACGACAGGUGGCAGUCUCCGGCGUCACAUGGGUAUUCAUAAUGACUUUCGGCCGUAUAUGUGCCCUUAUUGUCAGAAAACAUUUAAGACCUCCUUGAACUGUAAAAAACACAUGAAAACUCACAGAUAUGAAGUUGCCCACCAACUCCAGCAACAUCAGCCUAUGCCUUCUGAAGAAACCCCAGUAGAUCACAUUCAUGUAUCCAAUCAAAUACAGGUGGAAAUAGAAGGGGCUAGUCUACAUCAGCAAACCUCUGUAGCCACACAGCAGGAAGCAAUUUUACAGCUAAGCCCACAGCCAGAUAUGGAUACGGUCUCACCUGCUCUAGAGCAGACGCUUGCUGAACAACCUCUACAAGCUGAAGAAGAUAGAUUUGUGACUUCUCAGCAUGCCUUACAAGAGAAUAUUGGCCACUAUGAGCCUCAGGUUUUACCUCCACAGCCAUAUGAUCAGCAAGGGCUACCACAAGGCUUUACAGUAACUGAUGGAUUCAGCCAACAAACUUCUUUCCCAGCUGUGCAACAGUUACAGGACUCCAGCACUCUUGAAUCUCAAGCUCUCUCUACUAGUUACCAACAGCCAACUCUUAUGGAGGUACCCACAGACACAAUUAAUGUGACUGCUCGCUUAAUUCAGGAAGAAACACAAGAAGAAAUUGAAUUGCAGACCCAGCGAACGCCGUUUCUUGAGUCUACAGAGGAUCAAAGCAGGCGUGCUUACAGAUGUGAAUAUUGCAAUAAAGGUUUCAAAAAGUCCAGCCAUUUGAAACAGCAUGUCCGAUCCCACACAGGAGAAAAACCAUAUAAGUGCUCUAUGUGUGGUCGUGGUUUUGUCUCAUCUGGGGUGCUCAAGUCACAUGAAAAGACUCAUACAGGAGUUAAAGCUUACAGUUGCACUAUAUGUAAUGCUGCCUUUACAACAAAUGGCAGCCUGACAAGGCACAUGUCAACUCAUAUCAGUAUGAAACCCUACAAGUGUCCUUUCUGCGAUGAGACAUUCAGGACAACUGUUCACUGUAAAAAACACAUGAAGAAGCACCAGAACAUUCCCCCCAGCCUUGUGUCAGAUAGCGAUGGGACCACAAGAGAAGAAGGAGAUGUAUGUCUUGAGGAAGACGAGGAGAAUGCAGAGAGACUAGCAUCAAGAAAGUCCCGCCAUGGUGUCAUUACUUUCACAGAGGAAGAGACCGCUGAACUGGCAAAAAUUCGGCCUAGAGAGGGAGCCACUAUUUCUGAGAAGGUGCUGGUGCAGUCAGCAGCAGAGAAAGAUCGUAUAAGUGAGAUCAAAGACAAACAGGCAGAGAUGGAAACUGAACCCAAGUUUGCAAACUGUUGCAAUUUCUGUCCCAAAAGCUUUAAGAAGCCCAGUGACUUGAUUAGACAUAUACGUAUCCACACAGGGGAAAAACCAUUCAAAUGUGAAGAGUGUGGAAAGAGCUUUACAGUUAAGUCAACACUGGAUUCCCAUGUGAAAACUCAUGGAGGUCAAAAACUCUUCAACUGUCAUGUCUGCACUAAUUCCUUCUCUACUAAAGGCAGUCUUAAAGUACACAUGCGCCUGCACACUGGUGCAAAGCCUUUUAAAUGUCCUCAUUGUGACAUGCGCUUUCGGACAUCUGGCCGCAGGAAAACUCACAUACAGUGCCAUUAUAAAUCAGAUGCUAAAAAGGUCAGGAAACCAGUGGGGCGCAGACACCUUCCUCAAGCUACAGUCUCUGCACCCAGUACAACUUCCAGCACAGUGGAAUCUCUUCAGCCAAUCAACCUGCUGAACACAUCUGCUACAGACCCUAGCGUCUUCAUCACAAACAGCUCGGUGCUUUCAAGCCAAUUUGAUCAAAGUUUGCUUCAGCAGGGACUGGUUGGUCAAGCCAUUCUUCCUGCAUCCGUUUCAGCUUCCGGAGAUUUAACAGUGUCGCUGUCAGAUUGUAGCUUGGCCACUCUGGAAGGAAUUCAGCUACAGUUGGCUGCCAACCUGGUUGGUCAAAAUGUUCAAAUUUCUGGAAUUGAUGCCACAAGCAUCAACAAUAUAACACUGCAGAUUGAUCCCAGCCUUUUACAGCAAACUCUGCAGCAUAGCAGUAUUUUACCUCAAGCUCUCCAUGGAGACUCUGGUGCAGUACAAUCUACCAGCACUCUGCAAACAAAUGAUAAUGCUAUGUCAGCAAAUGUUGUACUUCAACCUAUAGCAAGCUUGUCUCUGCAGCCUGGCACAACAUCCUCCUCCAACUUGACUAUUACUCCUAUCAGUGAACAAGAAUCUAUGUUAAGUUCCAGCAGCGCAAGUGGACAUGAGCUUUCUCAAGUCAUGGCUUCCCAAGGACUGAUGUCUUCAUCUAAUGGACAGCAUGAGAUCACACUGACCAUUAAUAACUCAAGUUUAAGCCAGGUUUUAGCCCAUGCUGCUGGCACCACUCCAACCACAUCCUCAGUUUCUCCUCAGGAGAUCACCCUCACAAUAUCUGAGCUGACCACAUCAACUGGCAGUCUUACUAGCACCACCUCAAUAACUCAGACCCCCGUUUCUACUCAAAAUUUGGUUAUGUCAUCUGGAGUGGGAGGAGAUGGAAGUGUAACUCUGACUUUAGCUGACACUGAGAGUAUGUUGUCCGGAAGCCUUGAUGGUGUGACCCUGAACAUCACUCCCCAGAGCCAACAGUUUUCUGGCAUUCUGUCUGAUAACAGCUUAUCUGGACAAAGUGGACCUGGCUCUCAACAGGUCAUAUUGGUUAGCCAUGGAGGACAGCCUUCCACCAACACUAGCGAUCUCAAUUACCAGGUUACAGAUGAAGCACGCAUUGAUAAAGGUAGCGAUGCAGACAAGCAGGACAGAAUACACCAGUGCUUUGAAUGCAAUCAUUACUUUUCUUCUGCCUCCAUAUUGGCAGAACAUAACAAAGAAGCUCAUGGGAAGGAAAAGAUUCAUGUGUGCCAUCUGUGCAAUAAAGCCUUUAAGAGAGCAUCCCACUUAAAGGAUCACAUGCAAACGCACCAGCCUGGACCUUCACGAAACUCCCAAUUGCCAAAAUUAUUUAAGUGCGAUAUAUGUGAAAAAGGAUUUGCUAAACCAAGUCAGCUUGAAAGACACAGUCGCAUUCACACAGGUGAACGACCAUUUCAGUGCACACUAUGCGAGAAAGCUUUCAACCAGAAGAGUGCACUGCAGGUGCACAUGAAAAAACACACCGGAGAAAAACCAUACAAAUGCGAUUACUGUUCGAUGACCUUCUCUCAGAAAUGCAAUAUGAAGCUACACAUGAAGCGGACCCAUUCUUACCCUGAUCUUAUUGAAGAAGUUUCAUUGCACCCAGAGGAAGAGGAAGGAGGGGAAGACAUCACCCAAACUCUUGACUUGGAAGAAGUCGUUCAGGAAUCAUCAGGGGAAUGGCAGUGUGGCAUAGCCAAUGUCUUCCGAUGACCAGACUCAUCUCAUUAUUGUGUAUCGGACUUAUAGACACACUUAUGGAACAGUCGUAAUGUUACGUUCAAACUCCUCUUCAUGGUGGAGUGCCAUUCCACUUUACCAUGCUGCAAAUGUAAAUAUUAUUCUGGUGCUAUAUGUUUGAAAUGCUGACCAGCGUGUACUAUAAUCUGAAUUUCUACUCAGGUACUUCUGACAAUGUAAUUUGCAAUUACAGUAAUUUGUGUUGAUACUUCAGUGACUCUUGAAGAUCAGAGCCUCAUCUGGAUGCAAAUCAAGAGUCAGGGAUGCAA